AUGGGAACGGCGGCCCCCUUCGCCUGCCGUCGCCCGGCCGCUAUGGAGCUCAGCUGCAGCGCUCCGGGCCUCGGGGCCUCCGUGGCCGUGGAGGCUCUGAAGCGGCUGCUUGGAGUCGAGAAAACAUUGAAAAAUAAAGAAUUUGUAUUCAAUCACGAAGUGAAGAAAUUCCUGGAGGAAACUGCCAGAGCCGUGAAGGAACUGGAAACCAUGAGAAAAACCACAGUCGACUUACUGGAGAUCGAGACUAUAGAAAUAAGCAAACUGCGUUUUGUACUUCUUAAUCUUCCGGGAAAUAUCGCCAAAGAACUGGAAGAUGCCGUCAAAGCCGCCCAUGUCGACAGGGACGAGCAGACGAGGAAGUUACAGGCCAUGAUGGGAAGCACCACUGGCCAACUGGAGCUGUUGACUUCCAAGCAAACUGACGUGAAGAUACAGAACUGUUCUCUGAACAAAGAGCAGGGGCAGCUCACCAGAGAGCACCAGGACACUAUACAGCGGCUGAACCAGAAGAUGGAAGAGAAAGCCCGAGCCAACAUUUUCAUAAACCAGAUUUACACCCAGAAGAGAGACGAGGAGGAGGAAAUGGCCCUCCAGAAGAUCCUGAUUGCAGACGUGGAGGCUGCUCUGGAGGAAGAAAAGGAGAUAUUUAGAAAAGAGAAAGGAAAACUGGAUAAAGAGGGGUCAGAAAUGAAAAAAUGGUUUGACGAACGGCAGGUGGUCACUCUGAAAACAAAGGAAAAAUUGGACAUCUUGAUGGUCCAGCUAAAAUCCUUAGAAAAAAUUAUUUACGAAAACAAGAAGGCCAUUCACAGUGGCGGUACUAGGAUAUAUGAACUUGAAGGAACAAGGAAGAGGUUUCAAUCCCAGUUGGAAGAAAAAAUGAAGUUAAUCGAGGUGUUUAUGAAGAAAAAGUGUGACUACGAAGCGGCCAUCGCCAAGUUGAGUGAAACCUCCCAGCGUGAGAAAGAAAAGCUUCUAAUGAAGAUCAAAAAGGUUGAAGAAAAACUGAUAAACUCCAAACAAAGUCACAGAAAGCUUGAGGAGAGAAACAGAACGCUCCGGGACCAGUCUGAGGCGAUCCGGAGAGAAGAGGAGGAGUUAAAAGCCAAGAAGCAGGUGGUCUUGGAAAUCUACAAGGAAACAGGAGACGGUCUGAGCAGCAAACAAGAUUUUUUGGCCAAGCGGAGGUUGGACAUCCAAAACUUGGAGAAGGACAUUGAGAAGCUGGAAGGGCUUUACUUAUCCACGGUAGACUCAUACGACAAGCAGCUCGAACUCCUCAGGGAGACGCUGGAGCGGGAGAUUCAGAGAUGGGUGAUCAUUUCCUGGAAGAUAGCCAUCAGGCUCAAACGGCACACUCGCUGGGUGGAAAAGGAAGAGAAGGUUAUCAGGGAUAUGAAAAGGCGGAUUCAGAAGGCCAGAAUCAAGCAAGUCCAGCUGCACCUAAAGAGCGGGGUUCGCCAGAAAGAGAACAAGGAGUUCGUGACCAUGAUCGAGGUGCUCCAGUCCAAGUUGGAGGAGGAGGAGGAGGAAUUUGUAAAGGUGGAGCAGCAAGCUACUGCCGACAUACAAGGCCUUGAGGGCACGCUUAGCCAGCUCAGAUUCGACCUUCAGGGCAUGGAAAGUGACCAGGAAGCGGCUCUUCCUCAGCUGAGCGAGGCCCAGGAACUGUUGGAAGAGCGAGUCAAACAAUUCGAAGACCUGCGGAACUGCAUCAUAGGGCUACAGGGAGAAGAAUCGUCUUUAAACUUUCUUAUUUCGGUGACGCUCAAGGAGAUCGCGACCUUCCUGGAGAAGAAGAACCAAGCGAAGGCCAAGCUGUCCGCUGCCCGGGCCCGGGAGCACGCCCAGCUGCUGGAGCACACGGACGGCCUCAAGGUCCUGGAGAGAGAGAUCUACGAAAUGACCCGGAAGCUGGACCACAUGCUCAUGGAGAACUUCAGGAUUAAGAUACGCAACGAACAGGUGUUGGAAGACCUGGCUUCCGUAAGAGCUGAAGGGGAAAACCACGUCUCCGCAUCGGAGAAGAUCCACCGUGAUCUGCAAGCCCUACACGAACGCUUUUUGGAGAAGUGGGCCGAAAGCAGAGCUACGGAAAAGAUGUUUUCGGAAGCGGACCGGGGCACCUUACGUGAGCUCAGGGAACUGAUCCAACACCUCUGUCAGAGAGCGGUAGCGCUCGAGAGAGCCAACGUGAUCUUGUGGGAGACAGGCGAGCGGCUGGACUGCCUGGUGGACUACGGCUCGGCUACAGAGCAAGUUUCUGCAGCUUCUUGAAGGACGUGCUGUUGGCUAAGAUGGACGAGUAGAGAUGACACAAACAAUCGCAACUACCGUUCUCCACUGGAGCUCAGCAGCAAACCCGUCCCGAGGUUGACGAUGCAGUCCUUGAAAGGUGCCU